CCUCCCUGGCAGCCACAGGAAGAAAGCAUGCUGUUCCCAGUUAUGACAUCACAAAGCUGUUCAGCAAGGUUGCCAUGCAGCUCCAGACUUUAGGCCAGGGAUAUUUUGAGAGGACCCAAGGUGUUGGAGCCCUGGCAGCUUCUCCAGCUAGCCACACUGGACCUCAAUGGAGGCUUUGGUCUGUGCUUUCUCUGAGCUGCGAAUAAGAGAAGAUGCAGUGAGCCUGACUUUGGGCUGCCCAGGCAGCGCCGACACUCCCCCCAACAUCUACGAGGGGGGUCUGGGGGCCCGGAGGCAGCAGUGCCCCAGCCCACCGGGCAGCAAGCCCAAGAACUUCCGUCUUCGUCACCUUCGGAGCCUGGCACUCUAUCUGCCCAGCAGCAUGCAACCUGCCGGCCAGUGCGAGAGCCACUGGCUGGGGAGGCUAAUGGCAGGGGGCUGCCUCCCAAGGGUGGGGCCCCUGCCCAAGGGCGGGGCGUGGGCCCUCGAUCUUCCUGGCCCUCUGAGUUCUACCAACCACCCCCUGGAUUCACCAGGUCCCCAAUCACCCAGGGAGAACCUAGGGAGUACAGCUUCCAGCUCCAGCACCGACCCAACCAAGGGUGCCCUCUCCCAGCCCCGGCCACCCGAGGGCUCAGGCUUCAGGCCCAAGAGGUCUUGGGGAUCCUUAGAGGAGUCAACAUGUCCCAUGUGCAAGAGGACCCGGCCCGGGGCCCAGGAGAGGCCAUAGGGCAGUCCCAAGCAACAGGGCUGGUUCCCCCAGCUCUGGCAGCAGGAGGAGGGAAUGGCCUGAAGCUACAGGUCCCUGGGAGAACAGCCUCCCUCCACACUCUCCAAGUUCCCCCUGGCAAGCAGCCCUCCAAGAUGCCAAGACAGCUGAGGAAGUUCCCUCGGAGGGGAGUCCGACUUGGGUCUCAGGGAAGUGAAAGGAGAGGAAAGUGGUUCCUGCCUGAGGGUCGGAAAAAGGAGAAGCAGGGGCAGUGGUCCAAGCAGACCGGGCAUGUACUACAUACUCUAUUGCCUCGGAGAUGGUGUCGAAGGCAGAUAAUCCCAGUCAAGCAGGCCUGGGUACCAGCAGGUCCUACAUCUGAAUAAAGGGAGAGGUCUGUCCAUCCUCAAGUCUGCCUCUAGGCCCCUGCCUCCUGCCCAGGUUUACAAAAGGACUUUCCCAGAAGGCCCAGGGAGAUGAUUAAUGAAUGUUGGGGGCUUUGGUAUUGAGGUCAGGGUCACCCCUUUCUUUUCUAAUGGUCUCCAAUCCCACUUCUACCCACAUAUUAAUCCAUUAAAGAAACAGCAUCUGAUAGUGGAUAAGAGUAGGAGAAGUGGAGUUAGGAAGACCUGGGUUGAAAUCCCAUUUCUGACAGCUCCUGUGGGAUCCCAGAGCAAGUCUUCCCUUUAGUGUUCCGCCUCAGUUUUCUUAACUGUAAAAUGAGGGGUUUGUACUAAGUAGUCUUCAAGGUCCCUUCUAGCUCUUAACUCGGCCUUCCCCAGUUCUCACUUUCUCUCAGGCCUGGCUCCAGUUGGUCAGUCAAAGCCCGGGGCUCCAGCUUCCAUUGAUCCCUAAUAGGAAGAAGCUGCUGUGAAUGAGAAAAGGAAAAGCUGCUGUAACCUCUUCAUUAGCCACACUGCUUAGCACCAGGCAAGCUGUGUAAGGGCGGGAGGUGGGGGAGGUUUGGAAGGACAGAAAAGACCAGGACUGAGGAAAGGGAAGGAUUGCCCGCUGGGCCCUUUGUGCGGGCUUCAGGCUGGGGUUUGUGGUAUCCUUGCAUCUCUCUUCCUGACAGGAGGUGAUGCAUACAGGCGUCAUAUGCCAGCACUUCAUCUGCCCAGAAAAAGGGUCAAGUUAAAAGGACUUGGGGCUUACUCCUCUCUGGAAUUCUACCCCCCUUAAUUGGGGCUACUCAACAGCUUCUGUGAACAAGGAUAUGGGGUGUCCUCAUGUCUCUCCAACUCUACCCUACCAACAUGGAUGACCUGCUGGGCACCAGACUCUCUAAAGAGCUGUUUGAGUGAGGUGGGAUAGUCAGAGUUGUACUCCAUGGGCCAUCUGGGAAGUUAGUCUUCCUGCCAGGAAGAGCUGAAUGGGGUGGAAUUUGUAGCAACCCAUGCAGUAUCAGGUUCCUCUGUCCCCAAAUAUCUCCCCCAGAUAAGUUCCAUCAUUAGAGCUACUAUUUUAGCUCUUUCCUCUCAUUUCCCUGGGUCUCUACUUGGAUUCCGCUACCUGGUGAAAAUUCUCUCCAGUUAAUAGAAAUUGAGGCAGAGAUGGUGAUCAGGAUCCAAAGCAGGAGGUCCUUCCCCCAUUACUCAAGCCCCAGAGUCUUUCCUGCAAGGUGUUAGGAGAAAGAAAAGGACCAGGAGCUUGUUGGCUCAGGUACCUGCCAUUUUUAAUUGAUAGAUUCCGCUGCCCUCUGGGGAAGCCCAAUGAUGAGAGAUCAGGACAGAGGAGAAGCUGAAACCUCUCAAAGCCGCCAUAGAACAUCAAAGCUGGAAGGGAACUUGUAGAUAAAUGAGUCCAGACCCCUCAUUGUACCGAAUAGAAAGCUGUGAGAGGUCUAGAAAAAGUGACUCUUCUUUGGUACCAGAAGCAGAAUUCGAAGCCAGGGCUUGCUCUCUUAUCAUACCAUGGUGCCUCACCAUGGUACUGAAAUGUAUGCUUUAGAGAAAUGUGAUUGGUGCCUCUUAUAUGCUAAGCACAGUGCUAGGUGAUAUGGAUGGAAAGAUGAAAAGAGGAAAAAUUCCUGCUCUCAAGGAGUUAAAACUCUUGCCCACUUUCCCAAAGAAAUCUUAGCAGGCAUCCAAAAAUAUACUUUCCAGAAAGGAAAGGCAACUAGGGACUGACCUUGGCAAGUGAGUGUGGUUGAGUCAAGGUACAUAAUGAUCCAUUGUGAAGCAGGGUCAAUGUGUUGAUUUGUUUUGCUUAAUUGUAAUUAGCUGAUAAAAGGGAGGGGGUCUAUUGAGGGUAGAGGGGGAUAGUUAUUGGGAAGUGGAACUUUUUAAAAAGCAUCAAUAAAGCAUUUUUUAAAAAUGGGGCCUGAGAAACACAAGACUUUGGGAGCAACAGGGAUGGUGUACCAGGGUGGGCAGGAUUCUGAGUAUUUCCAACUCUUUAGUAAAAUAGUAAAAAUUAAGUAGGAUUUAAACAGGACACAUAUUGAUCAGAUUGGAAUUCUACAAAAUUGACAGCCUUAUACCCUUCAAAAAUUCACUCCUACACAAUCAAGAAUAAACUUUUAUUAGAUUGCAAGUGCACAACUAAAGAAGUUUGUGGUAUACCUGGAGAUCUUAAAAUCAUAGAAUCUUUUAAUUAUUAGGGAAUUUCAAGGUUAUCUAGUAUGAGAUUACUCUCUAAGUGGCAAC